AUGCUUUCAUCACGGUUAAUGCGAAGCGCUAUUCCGCGCGCAGCACCGACCUUCAGACAAUCCGCAUACAAAGCCCCUGCCGCCCUACAGCGGAGAUGGGCGACGACGGAGAAUGUUAAGGAGUCGGGUGACAAGGUCAAGGGCCCAGUCAUCGGUAUAGAUCUGGGCACUACCAAUUCGGCGGUGGCGGUGAUGGAGGGCGCUACCCCUCGCAUCAUGGAGAACUCGGAAGGUGGACGCACAACCCCAUCAGUUGUCGCCUUCAGCAAGGAGGGCGAGCGAUUAGUCGGUAUCGCCGCCAAGCGCCAGGCCGUUGUCAACCCCGAAAACACCUUCUUCGCCACCAAGCGUCUAAUCGGCCGCAAGUUCACCGAUGCGGAGGUCCAGCGCGAUCUCAAGCAUGUCCCCUACAAGAUUGUGCAGCACAAGAACGGUGAUGCGUGGCUCGAGGCUCUCGGGAACCGAUACUCGCCUUCGCAGAUUGGUGGCUUCGUGCUGGGCAAGAUGAAGGAGACGGCAGAGGCGUUCAUGGGCAAGAAGUUGACUGAUGCGGUCGUCACUGUGCCGGCGUACUUCAACGACCAGCAGAGACAGGCUACCAAGGAUGCUGGCCAGAUCUCUGGUCUGAAUGUGCUGCGUGUGGUCAACGAGCCUACUGCUGCUUCUUUGGCAUACGGUAUGGAGAAGGAGGGUGACCGCGUGGUUGCUGUCUACGAUUUGGGUGGAGGUACCUUUGAUGUGUCCGUUCUGGAGAUCUCCAACGGUGUCUUCGAGGUCAAGUCUACCAACGGUGACACCCACCUCGGUGGUGAGGACUUUGACAUCACCCUUGUCCGUCACCUUGUCGACCAGUUCAAGACCGAGUCCGGCAUUGAUCUCUCCAACGACCGCAUGGCUAUCCAGCGUAUCCGUGAGGCUGCUGAGAAGGCCAAGAUCGAGCUUUCAUCCUCGCAGCAGACCGACAUCAACUUGCCUUUCAUCACUGCUGACUCUUCUGGACCCAAGCACAUCAACACCAAGAUGACUCGUUCCCAGCUCGAGAAGCUUGUUGACCCCCUGAUCAGCCGCACCAUCGACCCUGUUCGCAAGGCUCUCAAGGACGCCAACCUUCAGGCCAAGGAUAUCCAGGAGGUCAUCCUCGUUGGUGGCAUGACCCGUAUGCCCAAGGUUGCCGAGUCCGUCAGGAGCAUCUUCGGCCGUGAUCCUGCCAAGUCUGUCAACCCUGACGAGGCUGUCGCCAUUGGUGCUGCGAUCCAGGGUGCUGUCCUCUCGGGUGAUGUCACUGACAUCCUUCUCCUCGAUGUCACUCCACUGUCCCUCGGAAUCGAGACCCUCGGCGGUGUCUUCACCCGCCUGAUCAACCGCAACACCACCAUCCCUACCAAGAAGUCGCAGACUUUCUCAACUGCCGCCGACUUCCAAUCUGCCGUCGAGAUUAAGGUAUACCAGGGUGAGCGCGAGCUCGUCCGUGACAACAAGAUGCUCGGCAACUUCCAGCUUGUCGGUAUCCCACCUGCCCACCGCGGUGUGCCUCAAAUCGAGGUCACUUUCGACAUCGACGCCGAUUCCAUCGUCCACGUCCACGCCAAGGACAAGUCGACCAACAAGGAUCAGUCCAUCACCAUCGCUUCCGGCUCCGGUUUGAGCGACUCCGAAAUCGAGAACAUGGUUGCCGACUCCGAGAAGUUCGCCGAAGCGGACAAGGAGCGCAAGGCCGCCAUCGAGGCUGCCAACCGCGCCGACAGCGUGGUCAACGAUACCGAGAAGGCGCUUAAGGAGUUCGAGGACAGGCUAGACAAGAGCGAGGCGGAGAAGAUCAAGAGCUUGAUUAAUGAGAUGAGGGAGGUUAUUGCUAAGAGCCAGAGCGGAGAGGGUGCUCUCACUGCGGAGGAGCUCAAGGCUAAGACGGAUGAGCUGCAAAAUGCUUCGUUGACCCUCUUUGACAAGAUGCAUCGCGCUCGCACCGAGGCGUCGAAUGCGGAGGGUCAGCAGGGUGAGCAGGCGCAGGGUGGUGAGCAGCAAGGUCAAGGUCAGCAGAAUGGUGGUGAGGGCGAGAAGAAGCCUUGA